UCCCUUAAUCGGAGCAGCGAUCCCACAGGGAGCGGCCGCGGGUCAGCCUCGCCUUUGAUCGCAUCAAUGUUGCGGCAAGGAUUUACGGCAGGCCGAGAUGGCGGUCUGCUGAACGACGGCGAGUUCCUGGACAUCACGGACAUCCGGCGGCAGCAGGCGCAGGACUUUGAGUGCGUCACCAACAAUGGCGUGGCCCCGCCCGACACGCGGCGCGUCAAAGUCACCGUUAACUACCCGCCCAUGAUCACAGAUGUGAAGAACAUGCCGGCCCAGCUGGGGAAGGCUGCAGUGCUGCGCUGUGAGGCCAUGGCCGUCCCCACCGCCUCCUUCCAGUGGUACAGAGAGGACCGCAGGCUAGUGGAGGGCGACGGCAACCUGAAGAUCAAAAACGAGAAGACCCGCUCGUUGCUCCUCUUCCACAACGUCACGGACAAACACUUCGGCAACUACACCUGCUUCGCCUCCAACCCCCUGGGGGCGUCCAACGCCAGCAUGCUGCUCUUCCGACCGGGAGCGGUGUACAGCGGGGGCGCGGGGAUGACCGGAGGUUUGGGGGUCUGUCUCGGCCUGCUCCUCUCUCUCCUGCUGAAGGUCUAAGCGACUCGGCCCGCCAAGGAAGGGAAUUUCUUUAACUACGAACCCAUCACUGUGAACAAAAAGAAUAUGCAUUAUUCCCGGAGCCAUUGCUGCAUCGCAUCGCAUCACAUCCUCCUCCCACUGCCUCGUCCAAUCACGUGCUCCCUUUCUUGAGCUCCGCCCCCUUCCACCCCCAAACCCCGCCCCCUCCCCUCUCCCGCCGCUCUCCUCAGCCCCUUAGUUUCACAGGGCACCAAAAAAAUUUCUUUUUUUUACCCUGUCACAACAAGGGUCACUAUGACGAUAUCGCAAUCACACACCUGUAACGAUAAUAGGAAGGGUAACAAUAUCCGCGAAAUAAAUUCUAAUAGUCAUAGAAAAAAGGGUAACGGUAGCGAUAUCGAUCCUAGCGGCAGCUGUGAUGGCGGCAAGGAAAAAGAUUAUAAAUAAUAAUAAUAAUUUAAAAAACAAUAAUGAGAAUCAUAGCAAUCAUUAACAGAGGUGAUAGUCGAUGGGAUAUUGAACGAUGAAUGUAUUUACACUGUGUCAUAAGUAGGAAUUACCUGAAGAAUGGCUGAUUUUUGGGGCUCUCUCUCUCUCUCUGUCUCUCUGUCCGCGUUGGGAAAGACUCACUGCUGGGCAUGCAUCCAGCUUCUGUUAUAAAAAAAAAAAAAAUGAUGAUGUUUAUUGCAGUUGUGAAGACCGUAAUGGUAACUUAUGUUUUCGGGAUAGACGAUGAUACUAAUAGCGGUGAUGAUGAUGAUGAUGAUGAUGAUGGUGAGCAGGUGAUCGUCCCUUGUGCGUUACAACAUUGGGCCCCUGAAGGAAUGGGUUGGCGGUGCUCAACACCCCCCCCCCCCCCCACCAGGUCUCAGAACAGAACAACACUCCACGCAGUGCGUUCUUGAUCCAGUCGCAAAGAUGAUGUCAAUAUGUACCCUCCUUCUGAAACGUAGGGCCUUGCAUCUUUACCCCCCCCCCCCCAUCCCCCAUCAACCCCCUCCUCUCAUGUUUUUUGGAGAUCUGGACCCACACCCAGCAUGCAGUAAACACCACCCCCCCCCCCAAAGUCCACACCCCUGCACAAAACCCCGCUCUCCAUUUGAAGCCACGCCCACAUCCGCUUCUGCUGUCUCCCCUGCCACCUCGCUUCAUAAAAAGGGCCAGGGUUGUGUGUGCUCCAAGCCUGGUGUAAAUAUUUCCGUACACGGAGGCCCACCUGUAUUUGUACUGUUUAACGAGAAACAAGAACUACAUUACCCACGCGCCUCUGUUUCGCCGAGUCAGUGUGCCCAGUGCCCCCCGACUGGCGGUGAAACGGCCCAUCACUCCUUGUCGCUUGUUGAUAGCAUGUACCGGUUAGAAAUGUUCCUGUCGUGAUUCCCAUCCGCUCCCCCUUGCCCUACACUGUGUCAGUUGUACUCUGCAAGGUUAACCGCUAUAACUUCUGGUGUUAAUAAACGACGAUGUUAAGUAUUUGAAUAAAUAUAUUAAUCCCACGUGACGGACAACUGCAGAGCUGAUUUACAAGCCAUGUGUGUGAAUAUAUUUUGUAUUUUGCUCUGAGAAAUAACCUUCAUUUAACAAAAUAAACCAACAAACAAACAAAAAAAAAAAGGAUGUAAAAAGUUUUAAAAGUGAUGUGCUCUAUUUUCCCAUGUCCGGCUUUUUAAGUAUUGAAGUGAAUGGAUUUUUUUUCUUUCAUUCAGAAAAGAAAAAUCGAGGAAAUGUACUAUAAUUUGGAAUGUAAAUGUAUUUUGAACGUUUCACAUGCUGUUGUCUGUCUUGUAGACGUAGACUUGUUCACCUGGUAGUUGUAAAAAAGCUGCACCGUUCUUUAAACUAAACCCAAGGAAUAAAUAGAAACGUAAUCAUCCAGCCCUACUUGGCGAAACCACGGUGAUGCCACCCCCCUCCCCACACAACGGCGCUAGCAUGGCGAGAUAACGACGUAAUUAGGCGUUACCCGUGGCGCGCGACGGUAAGAGACCGUGUUUUUUUUUUCCUCCUCGUCGCUCAAGCCGACGGAGGACCGAAGUCAUAAAUCAAACUCAAUCGCAGACUUCGACACGUUUUUUUUUUUUCCAAGGACGGGUUGCCUUGGCACGUUGCUUCUAGCCGCAGACGGAAGUUGAAACCCCCCCGGUAUAAUUACACGGCCGCUUUAAAAAAAAAAAAAAGGCAUAGCCAAGCUGGAGGAGGAGGGGAGGUGCAGCGAGCGGCAGGGCAACCUCGCAGACCGGCCGUGGAUGGUUGUAGCGCGUCUAUGCAAUUCCGCCCGAGAGCCUGUACCGGUGGGGGGGAUACGCGAGGGCGCUACGCUACGCGCAUGUCUAUAGCACUCACCGAAACCAACAAAUGCUGCGAUGUUUAAAAAAAAAUAUUGCAUCUGCCUGUGUAUGUUUAUUAUUAUUAUUUUUAAAUACUGUAUUAUUGCUAAGACUACCCCCCCCGCCCCCUUCCCCCGUUUUUUUUUUUGUUUUUUUUUUUUAAAUGACGUAGGCCAGCAAUAGGCCUAGAUCCACCAGUGAGGGUGAGGUCACAUCCUUAACUAUUUCCGUAGGGCUACUUACGAGUUCAAAAUGCAUUCGAGAGUGCGGAACCAACACGGUACACAAAAGGAGGAAAUAUGUUUAACCCUGAAAAGAAAAGCAAAACUGGAUUUGUUGUCAUACAGUGUUGUUGUUUUUUUUAUUUUUGUUAUUUUUAAAGUCAGACCUGAAGAUAUGUGAGCAGCGCUCUUGUCCGGUGAACCCGAGUUUUUCAGGCAGCCGUUCACUUUUUAAACUUCCGGAAGUACUGUCAGCACUCGAGCGGGACAUUAGAACCGGCCUCCACUGGUGGCUUAAUUUCCGUUGGAUUUUGGAAUUCUUUCGCUUUUUUUUUUUGGUCUGCACCAUUGCUUGGUGCACUGUAGUCAUGUGGCCAUCACAGACGCUGUUCUCAAAGAGGAGAAUUGUGGGUACAAUUCCAAGCACAAGAGCGGGUGUGGUCAGUGCUCUCUCUCUUUCUCUCUCUCUCUCACACUCACUCUCUCUCUCUCAUUCUCAUCAUUGUCAGCAUCUCAGUCUCAAUCUGUGACAUAUAUACAUACGCGUGUGUACAUAUUCUCAUUGAAGAAGAAAAAAAAAGAAUCACAGAAACAAACUGUCAUGAUUCUCAAUGUGGUUUAAAAAAAAAAAAAAGCAUGUAAAUGUUCCUUAUGGAUGGAAUUUGAAAAACUCGAGUAUUGU